UGUGUGGACGAGCCUCGAGCGAAAUAGGAAAGCAAAAGAUGAGCAGCAGGGGGGAGAUAGAGAGGGGAAGAGGGUUCUAGAAGCUUCUAGAAGGCCAUGGCUUCUCUUCUCAGCUCUCAAACACCUGUUGCCUUCUCCGGCCUCAGCAAGAGAGAACAUGUUUUUCCAAGUGACAGAGCUGUAAAAUGUUCUCUGCAUGAGACCACAACCAGGACUCCAGCUAUUACAAGGCAUCUCCUCCCUUGCCUUGCUGCUUCAGUAAUUUUUGCUGCAUCACCAAACCAGGUUAUUGCCGGAGAAAUUUACAGUCGCCAAAGCUUAUGGCAGAUUGCAUCCGCCACAGAGAAAGGCGCCGUUUUGAAAUUCGACGAUAGCACAUCAGAUGAACGAGGUGGGACAAUGCUGAUGAUGAGAGGCAUGACCGCGAAGAAUUUUGAUCCGGUGAGAUAUUCUGGGAGAUGGUUUGAAGUCGCUUCGCUCAAGCGUGGAUUUGCUGGGCAAGGACAAGAGGACUGCCAUUGUACGCAGGGCAUUUAUACGUUCGAUGCUAACACCCCAUCGAUCCAAGUUGAUACAUUUUGCAUUCACGGUGGCCCUGAUGGUUAUAUCACCGGCAUAAGAGGAAAUGUCCAGUGUCUUUCGGAGGAGGAGAAGAACAAAGCUGAAACUGAUCUUGAGAUGCAAGAGAUGAUCAGAGAGAAAUGUUACCUUCGCUUUCCAACAUUGCCUUUCAUACCCAAGGAGCCCUAUGAUGUGAUUGCCACUGAUUACGACAACUUUGCUCUUGUCUCUGGAGCUAAAGAUCGGAGCUUUGUUCAGAUUUACUCAAGAACACCAGACCCAGGACCAGCCUUCAUCGAAAGAUGCAAGUCAUACUUAGCAAAUUAUGGGUACGACCCGAGCCAGAUCAAAGACACACCACAAGAUUGCGAGGUGAUGUCCAACAGUCAGCUAGCAUUGAUGAUGUCUCGGUCUGGAAUGCAGCAAGCUCUCACAAAUCAGUUCCCUGAUCUUGGGCUCAAAGCUUCGGUGGAGUUCAACCCGUUCAGUAACGUAUUUGACACAUUUAAAAAGCUUAUCCAACUCUACUUCAAGUAGAGCUCAAAGGCGAGGUAAAUCCGUAUAUCGUUGUUUU